UUGCCGCUGAAAAGUUAUCACUCGACAAAUCUUUCAUCAUAACUGUAACUCCGUAAUUUACACUGUGGCAGAUUUUACGGCCCCGUAGAUUAUUGGUGCGCGUUUCUCCCAGUGGCAUUGUUUUAGAGUCCGCCGACGUAACUCAAAAGGCAACUCCAAGAUGUCGGGAGGUAUUCCAUCUUUAGCUUUGAAAGAUGAAGAUGUCACGAAGUUCUUAGCUUCUGGAACCCAUAUUGGGGCAACUAAUUUAGAUUUUCAAAUGGAACAAUAUGUUUUCAAGAGGAGGACGGAUGCUGAAGGUGAAUCCUCCCAGAAAUCCAAAAAGAAAGCAGUUGAAUGCCGUCGCAGUACUGCAGCGCAGUUCUUUGUAGAAGAGGAGACUGUUCAAGAAACUGUAACUACUGAUAGAGUAGUUCAGCUUUUAAAUGAUGCCAUUGUUCCUAAAGAAGAAGGUGCAACAUUAAAAAAUUUGCUCAUUGUUCAAGAGCUCAUUAUUCAUAAAGAGCCAAAGCUUUUGGAUAACUUUCUUGAUGAAGUUGUGAGUUUUCAGCAUGAUCAAAAUCCUGAAGUCCGUCGUUUUGUUGUGCAAUUCAUUGAAGAAGCUUGCAAGAAAGAUCCACAGAUUCUUCCAAAAGUUGUUGGCAAUUUAAACAUGAUGCUUCAUGAUAGUUCUGUAAAUGUCCAGAAGAAAGUAAUACAGACAACAACCCAGCUGUAUCCUGUAGCCAUCAGAUGGUUAUGCAAUGCAAAAAGUGUCGAUGAAGUAAUGGAAGCUACUUGGGCAUCUAUAACACAGCUUAAAACACAGAUUUUUUCAUUGCUUGAAUCUGAUAAUGAAGGUGUCCGAGCUUUAACUAUCAAGUUUAUGGAAGCAGUAGUAAUUACACAAACUUUUAAGGACCAGUAUGCAGAUCCUAAAAAUCUUGAUUUGUCUUUAGAUGACAUUCCUGUCAUAUUAAAAAUAUUUCGCCCGAAGAAAAUGGAAGAAGAAGCAAAAGAAAUUUUUCAAAGAAUUAUAGAUUUUCAUGGUGCUUCUCAUGUCUCAAGCUAUAAUUUGAUGGCUUGUAUGCAAGUUCUGACAACUAUAGGAAAGAAAAGAUUUGAGUUUUUCCCAAAAGUUUUGCAAGCCUUUGAAUCUUUGCAUGCAAAUUUACCACCAACAUUAAGUCAGUCUCAAGUUAGUAGUGUCAGAAAAAAUUUAAAAUUACAAUUAUGGACAUUGGUAAAACAUCCUGGUGCUGUAGAAUUUCAUGCGCGUAUAUCUAUUAUGCUUUCUGAUUUAGGUGCAACACCACAGCAAAUAAGUAAAUGUUUUCCCACUGUGGAAGUAAAUAAAAAACGUUCUAUUGCACCUAAAGAAACGGAAGGAUGGAACAAAAGAAUAAAAACAGAAGAUGAUUCUGCGAGCUCAAAAGUUGAAUCCGCAAAAGCAGAAAGAAGCUUAAAAGCAAAAAAUACUGCGAUUGAUAUUACUGCAGAAGAUUUAGUUCCAAAAUUCAGCAAUACAAAUGUUGCAGAUUUAGUUCUUGUUAGCAUGUUAAGUCUGCCUGAAGCAAUGCCUGCUCACUUUCAGUCCACUUAUACACCUAUUGCUGCUGCUGGGACAGAACCUCAAAUACGCCAUUUAGCUCGACUUUUGGCUACGCAGUUAACUAUUGCUGGUCUUGGAAAAGGUGUUGAGGAAGUGAAGAUGGAUACUGAUAAUAUAAAACAAGAAAGCGAUGAUGAUGAAGAUGAUGAUUCUACUGCAAAGCAGAUACAAACAGUUGUAGGUCGAAUGACUGACAUUAAGCCUAAGAAGCCUGGUCUUGUUCUAAUGCCUAGUGGCUCACUAGUAAAAACAUCUAAAUUUUCAAAAAAGCUUGAUUUCCAAGCUAUUACUAAGCCCUUGAAUGAAGAAGAUGCUAACAAGUUUUGUAGAGGUGCAUAUGAGCGAAUUUUAAAUGCAGAAAGAAGUGUAAAUAAAAGAGGAGCUACUGCUAUGCGAACAAAAAUUCUUACCACACUGGCUACACAAUUUAGGGGUGACCUUAGCACUGAUUUAAAAAAUCACAUUCUUGAAAAUCCUCGUGGUCGAUUAGAGUUGGCCUUUAGUUGGUUUUAUCAAGAAUAUGCUGCUUACAGGGGGUUUGAAGGAUCUGUAGAAGGCCCUAUUGAGAAAUAUGAUGAAACGGUGAAUGAGCUUCUUAGUGGAAUUUUAGAAAAUGAUGAACAGAACAAUAUCCUUUUUAGCAGAUUCUUCAUAGAUCCUCCAUUUAUUACUGAUGGAAUGAUAGAAUCUCUUAAAGUUAUAUGUACUGAUGAAACAGCUACCAACCAAGCUCUUCAGAUAGCUAAAGGCAUGACAGUUAGGAGGCCACCAAAAAAGUUAUUAUUUCUGAGUGUUAUAUGUGAUCUUACUUUGCAUGAAUCAUCUGAAGUACGUUCAAAAGCUGUAGAUACUGCAGUAGAGCUUCAUAAGAGUGGGCAUAUGAAGUCUUUUAUUGAAGCUUUUGCCUUAAGAAGUCUUAAAUUUUUACUUAAUCCAACUCCACCAAGUUCUGAUUUUAUAAUGUUCAGUCAGCCACCUGUUAUAUGGUCAGAGGAUUUGACAAAAGUAUGUUUACACUUGUAUUUGGCAUUAUUGCCAAUUAAUCAUCAUUUAAUUCAUGAUCUGGGAACUGUUUAUGUUGAAACUACAGCUGAUGUAAAAAGAACAAUUCUUCGAGCUUUAGAAGCUCCUGUUAAAGGGAUGAGUAUGUCAUCUCCAGAAUUGUUACUGUUUGUUGAAAAAUGUCCAAAAGGGGCUGAAACUUUAGUUACCAGAAUAAUCCACAUCCUUACCGACAAAGCUCCUCCAUCAUCUGAACUUGUAGCUCGUGUUCGUGACCUAUAUCACAAGAGGGUACCUGAUGUGCGCUUCCUUAUUCCAAUAAUUAAUGGUCUCACUAAACGUGAAGUUAUAGCUGCUUUGCCAGAGCUUAUUAAACUCAAUCCUACAGUGGUUAAAGAAGUAUUUCAUCGUCUUCUGGGAAGUAAUUUUGCAAGUCCUCUUUCACCUGCUGAAUUGCUAGUAGCACUCCAUAAUAUUGAUCCUGCAAAAUGUAAUCUUAAAAUAAUUAUCAAAGCUACUUCAUUAUGUUUCGAAGAAAAAAAUGUUUAUACACAGGUAGUUUUAGCUAUGGUAAUGCAGCAAUUAAUGGACCAAAAUCCUCUUCCAAUUUUGUUGAUGAGAACAGUUAUUCAGUCUCUUGCUAAUUAUCCUCAUCUUCUGGGUUUUGUUACAAAUAUUCUGCAACGACUAAUAGUGAAACAAGUUUGGAAGCAAAAGAGGAUAUGGGAAGGUUUCAUUAAAUGUUGUCAGCGAACAAAACCACAGUCCUUUCAAGUAUUAUUGCAGUUACCUCCACCUCAGUUAGAAGAAGUUUUGCAGUCGUGCCCUGAUCUGCGCGAUCCCUUGUGCCAGCAUGUUGAAACUUUCACUGAACAUCAAAAAGCUCACAUUCCUCAAGCUAUUAUGGAUGUUAUUGCAGUUUUCAAACCAGAUGCUGAUAAAUCAGAACCAGAAACACAUUCACAAGAUCUUGGUGAUCGAUUAAAUGAACCAUUACCUCCUGGACAAGAUAUGCCAUAAUAUUUUAUGAAAUCGUAUUUUUUCAUGUAAAAUAACAUACAAGUUUAUAUCUGUUGUGCAUAUUCUCUAAAUUUGUAAAUCACCAUAAUUACUGGUCUUGUUUUUAGAAUGUGUUUUUGAUAUCUAUUUCUCAGUUAAAUGUGUUAUAUUCAAAAGUAUUUCCAUGGGGAUUUUUCCCUGUUAGUUGUUAUUUAUAAAGUAUCAUUUAUGUGUCAUUAAAAGUACGUUUUUACAAA